AUGGCUCAAAAUUAUGAUCCCGCUUUAACAGUAGCUGAUUUAGAAGGUUUACGCUCCUCAGAAAGCUCAGUGGAACCUCCCCAAGAGCUAACUUUAAAACCAUUAUCCAACUCAAAUGAACUCUCAAGUUCUCUCCCUUCAAUUUUAAAAAAAAGGUCAUCAGCUCUUUCAUCUGAAUCUAAGAAAGUUUUAUUUUCUGAGCCUGAGCUAAUAGUGGUCAACGAAAUUUCUUCAGAAACUCAAAAAAAGCCUGAAACUGUUAUAAGCUCUAGCACCUGUGCUUCAAGCAAUCAAGAAAUCCCUAUAGAUCCAUGCGAAAGCAAAGAGGAGAGCUUAAAUACCUUAUCAAUGCUCAGUUUUCACAAAUCCCUUGCUACAGAUAGUUUAGCUGUAAACUCCAAACUGGAAUCUGAAGGAAUUCUAAAUAAACCUUUAAGCCAAAGAAAAGAAACAUCAAGUUACCUCGAUAUGAGAUGAAAAACAAAUUCCAUAAUAAAUCGGCAUAGUGAAACAAAGCGUUUUGAUAUGUGUGCAAGUGAGGUUUUUAGAAAAAAAUUAAAUGCUUAUUAUAUUAAAGACAUGAAAAGAAUUUUAAAUCAGCAAGUUUAUGAGCUAAGAAACCCAGCUGAGCCUGAAGCAUGAUCAUAUAUGGGUGAAAAAAAUAGUUCGAGCAGCAGUUUUAGUAGAUUAAAUUAUUAA